UCGACACUGUUUUGUCGCAUUUCCUUUCGAUAUGCUCACAACGCCUCUGUAUCUUCUCGCAAACACUGCCUCCGAAAAGCCAAAUGCUCUCGCCUUCAAAAUUCCCAUCAUCGACUUCGAAACAGAUCAAAUAGCCGACUGGAAGUCAAUCACAUAUUCCAAGUUUGCGUCGGAUGUGCUACGACUCGCUGCAGAAUGGUUGAGAAUUUUCCAGACGGAUGGGAUACCUCAGGGAUCGGUAGUAGCAAUUUGCCUGGGAGGAUACGAAUAUCUCGAUGCGGUACAUGUUUAUAGCAUCCAAAGAGCUGGAUACGUUCCCCAUACCUUCAGCCGACUACCUGGCAUCGAAGUAAUUAAAGACCUCCUGAAAGAGUCGGAUACUAAGGCACUCGUUCGUGCUUCCCAAUUCAAAGACGUUUUGGCGAGCAUCCAGGACAUCCCGAUAUACGACGCAGUGACUUCUCUGGACCUUGGAGACGUUGGAUCAUCACCGAAACUGCCUCCGUUACAGAGGCCGACGAAUCCCAACGACCUGAGUAUCAUCACCCACACAAGCGGGUCGACGUCAGGCAGACCGAAGCUAGUUCGAAUUAAUCAUCGUUGGAUAAAUGCCACGAUUCAGAAGGCGCACAAUCCCCUGACGCCGGGAUCUUCAACUGGCCCAGUUAUUGUUAAUUGGAUGUCAGUCUCACUUUACACCCCCAAGUUUUGAUUGGUUCAUAAAAAAACCUUUUUCUUUAGGGGUAAUAUCUGCCACGCAGCUCAGUAUGCGAUAUCAGUCUCUCAUAUCCUUCAUGGAAGUUGUACGGUUCAACCGCGAAAACCAGGCGACCUUGAUGAGAUUAUUGACCAACUCAAAAGAGCCUCCUUGACCCGACUCUACUUGUUUUCCCCUUUCAUCGUCCGAUUGUUACAGAGAGCAAGGUCGGACCCAGAUCUUUUGACUCUCCUUUCGGGUCUUGAAUACAUCGUUGCCGGGGGCGCUAUCUUUCCCAAGUCUGAAGAGGCCUAUGUGGUUCAGAACAAUAUCAACGUGGUGGGAGUGUUCGCAUCGACCGAGGCCGGGAUUAAUCUCAUGACCAGGGGCACCCGAAACGAUCCCACAGG